UGUCCCCUGGAAGAACCGUCGAAUCAUCAAUGGGCUUAUCACCUGCAGCGGCAGCCACCUGUUCGGGAUUCCUCCAAAAGACACACCUAUGUCACACGAUAUGGAACUGAAGAAAAUAUCUAUGAAGAAAUUUCAGAGAUCAGCAAGCAAUGCCGAUAUGGACUCAGUGACUCGCAUCGUUCGUUGGUCGCCGAGGAAGUUCGUAGAGUUCAGUCACGUCACCGUCGAGUCCUCGGCGAGCUGAAUCUUAGUGUAGAGGCGAUGCUAAUGCCCAGCACGGCUGAGGAUAAUGAGAACGAGGAUGAUAAUAAUGUUGCCAACGAAAAUGAGGAGGUCGAGAAAGGGCGGUAUGGAAACAGUAAUAUCGACAGUGCCAAGAGAAUCGCUUCUUCGAGUUUUUUGUCAUGUCAGGGUCCGCGUCACGAGGAUUCAAUACCCUCGGCGCAUCAUUUUGUUGGCUGUGACCUAGACAGCGGGUUCAGUGGGAGCUCCAGUGCUAGCUACAGGUAUAUUUUCACCAAGAAAAUAGCUUAA